AUGGAUCAACAAAAGCCGCUACCCCCACCGUUGGAGUGCUAUCGGGAUGAAAAGAACCAAAGAUCUCUCAAUCAGAGCGGUGGCACUCUUCCAGAGCAACUGAUGUCCUCGCAGCAAGCAGGAGGUGCCAAAUUCAAAGACACUUUGGACGCUUCUUCAUCGGCAGUGAGUGGCCCUGCGAGUAUAUCUAAUUCAGGAAACAUUCUAAAGCCACUCAAGGAGUGUAGGAAACGACGCCAAAAACGUACAGCUUGCGCAGGAUGUCAUCGACGAAGAGUUAAGUGCUCUGGUGAGCGCCCCUGCAAUGCGUGCCAGAUAAGGGGAGAUGUCUGCGUUGCGCGUGGUCCGGCUUCAAAGAGCCAGACGAAGCUCCAUUCACAGUCUCAGGUCACUCAUCAGGCAGAGAGUAAACAAGACCAAGGAAGCACUCUACCCAGUGAUGGCUCGACCCCAAAAUCCCAUGCAGUGUUCCUAAAGAGCCACAAGGAUCACUUCUUGGACAUCGUGGAGCAGCUCCCUGAGAAGGACAAUAACAUCACUUUAGACCCCAGCGGAACUUACCUCCGCAAUUGUCUGACUAGGGAGUGUGACGUCGAAUGCAGCGCAUCCAACCAUUUCUAUGAAGAUGUUCCUUCUGAGCGUGAAUGGGGAAAUCUAGUUAACAGAAGGCCCUCCGGCUCACAGGCGAAUAUCAGUGAAGCAUUAGACUUGCCCUAUCCGGCGGACGGGACCGAAGUAUUCCCCCCAGUUGAAGAUGCUAAUUGGGGGCCCACCUUGGAACAAGACAUGCUAGCAGCAAGUACUCUGGUGUCUAUUACUACUGCACCGAACCCUGUGGAAACAAUUCCAGUCAGUGACUGGAUGCCGGAUCUUCCAAGAGAGUUCCCGAGCCAGGUUAAUACACCGGCACCCUUUCUCCUUGCAUCUGAUCAUGCUGCUGGGCUGACUCCAAUCACAUUUGAGGGAUCGGAUUAUCAGAAUCAAGACGGUAACUUGCCCGGGCAGCGCGAGCUAACUCCCAGAGCUCACGAGCUAUCCUUAUGUCGGCCAUUCUCCUCUUGGCGCCACAGCGACGAGGCUGGGUGGCUGGGUGCCCCGGAAGAGUUAUUUUCCAUGACAGAACCUCAACCAUUCAUGGAUUACAAUUGGAUCUGGAGUCAAACUGAGCCCAACCCGCCGACCUACGCUCCUGGGGAGAAUUCGCAUCUUAGAGAACUGGUACCGGGUGUUAGUCCUACAAGCAUGUACUUGUCUCGGUCACCUUGGUCUCAAAGUAUCAUGCAUAACGGUGAAAAUAGUUUAAGCCCCUUCGAACAGCUUGAUAGGAGCGUUGAAGAGCACCAGCAUGACGGCAACCCCUGA